UUCAACACUGCCAAUUUGGCGUCGCUGCAGCCACGAAAAUAGCUGCAUUUCUUUUUGCUACUUUGAAAGAGAGUUUUCAAUUUUCCCAGACGAAGCCAUGUCGCCGAAGACUAAGAAAAUGGUGGUCAAGAUCCCACGGCACCCGUACUUCAAUGUGCAGAGCGAAAGGAGCGUGGAACGGGAGGUGGAGUACCAGGUGCGAAAGUGUCGCGUAAAUCUCGAGCGGAUAAAGUCAUCACCGACUACUCGUCCAUUCCCGUUGAAGCCAAAACCCAAGAGAUGCAUUGUUCGUGUGGCCCGAUUGCCGGACGUGGAGCGGAGUGAGAUUUCCGUAACCCCGGCCAGUUCCAUUAUUAAUUCCGAUAUUGACGAGGGUAGUUCUAGUGAAUAGCCAAUCAAAGGACUAAAGACAAGACCGACUGCAUCAUCACCCAGCAACCUACUAAUCCUAACUUAACUUUGGAUUGUUCUUGUCUGAUAAAUUAACUCCAAUGAACAUCCAGUAAUCAUUCUCCCACGAAACCUGUGAAACAAUAUAUAAAAUAAAUGUGAAAUUUUUUUAUUUUAUUGGAAACAUACGA